AUGACGACAGAGCCAGAUUGUGGCACAAAAGAGAACACCGGCAUAGGUGGCAUCAAGCUUUCCGGCAACAGCAACUCCGUCCUGCCUUUGCUAGACGCGGAAAAGGAGAUUCAGAGCCCUUACGGGCUCAACAAGCUUGUCUCUCCUCAGGCAAGUGAUCUUAAGGAGGCCGCACCUCCCGGUGUCCGAAGCGAUGACUCCACCGCCCGCAACCGCUGCGAGAAUGAUGGCGCUCAACUGGAACAGCUGCCGUCGGCGGCUACCACAGUCGACUUCCCAGAAGGCGGUGUGAAAGGGUGGCUCGUCGUCUUGGGGUCCUUCUGCGCAAUGCUUUCGCUAUUCGGCCUGAUCAACUCAGCGGCCGUAUUCGAAUCGUACUUCUCUACGAACCAGCUCGUCGAGAACACGCCGUCAGAGAUUGGCUGGAUCUUCAGCCUGUACUUAUUCAUUGUUUUCUUCGUUGGCAUCCAGGUCGGGCCCAUCUUUGAUCGGUUUGGGGCAAGAGCGCUGGUGGCGGUCGGCAGCUUGCUGAUAGUCCUGAGUCUGUUGCUCCUAAGUUGGUGCGAUCAGUACUAUCAGAUUAUGCUUACCUACUCAGUGAUGGGCGGCAUUGGUGGUGCACUGCUCAACUGCCCCGCGUAUGGGGCCAUCGCUCACUUCUUCAAUGUCCGCCGCGGCUUGGCCACUGGAAUCGCCUCAACUGCGGGCGGAGUGGGCGGUGUCGUGUUUCCUGUCCUGCUCCGUGAGCUGCUGCCUAAUGUUGGGUUUGCGUGGAGCUGUCGUAUCCUCGCUUUCAUCAUGCUAGGCCUUGCGAUCCCGUCCAAUCUCUUUAUCCGGACGAGGUUAACCCCGAGCAAAGGCGAGGGCCCAAAGAUACACUCGGUCUGGCCCGAUCUCAGCGUUUUCAGGGAUGCCCGGUUUGCCUUUGCAGCUGUUGGCGUCUUCUUCAUGGAAUGGGGCCUAUUCAUUCCCCUCACCUACAUCGUCUCAUACGCCGCCGCGAACGGGCAGGCCGCGACCGAAGGCUAUCUCCUCCUGUCAUAUUUGAAUGCCGGAUCCGUGGUGGGCCGAGUUCUUCCGGGCUACCUGGCUGACCGCCUUGGCCGAUUCAACGUCAUAAUCUCCACCAUUGCGCUGUGCACAAUCACGACGGUUGCCCUAUGGUUACCAGCAGGCACUUCAAAGGCUGUCUUGAUUGCGUACGUGGUGCUAUUUGGGUUUGCCAGCGGGAGCAACAUUGGGCUGGUCCCCGUCUGUCUGGGACAGCUCUGCGACCACCGACGCUUUGGUCGACUAUUCUCAACAGCCAUGAUGGUGGCAAGCUUCGGAACACUGAGCAGCCUUCCCAUUGGGGGUGCCUUGUUGGCUUCGGGGUCGGGAGACCAGGGAUGGCGAUACCUGAUAAUCUUUAGCGGAGUUGCCUACUCGGCGGCACUGAUAUGCUAUACUGUAGCUCGCGUUCGCGCUGUUGGAUGGAACCCUGGGACGUUGCGGCGACCCGCAGGUACUGUACCCGACGUCACCCAAAUUGCGGGGCAAUUUCGAACCUUCAGUUGCCCCGCCUUGCUGGAAAUUUCAACCUCCUGCCCAAGACACCCAGCAUCACCGAUCAUGGCGAGCAAUUUAUCUGCUGCGCCCGUGCUUUCAACGCCAGCAGAAGAUCUAUUCGACCACGCUGUCCCCUCUAAACCGGACGCAUCGGAACAACCGAAGUCAGACGAUGAACUACGCGACAUCUACGAAGUCGCCCGCACGGCCAAAGAGAUCCGGGAGGGCAGGUGGAAGAGGAUAGCACUGCAGUUUCCAGACUCCAUGUUGAGAGAUGCGCCUCGGAUAGUGCAAUCCCUACACUUGGAGCUUAGUUCCCUUCACGAGCAAUCGGAAGCCGGCAUUACGACAUCUCCCACGACCACGAACGGUGACGGCGCGAAUAAAACAGAUCCCCAUGAGAGGAUAUACAUAUUAGCGGAUACAUCCUACAGCUCAUGCUGCGUCGACGAGAUCGCGGCUGAACAUGUCGAUGCUGACGUGGUGGUACAUUAUGGCCGGGCCUGCCUCUCGCCCACUUCCCGCCUGCCCGUGAUAUACGUUUUUACACACCACAACCUCGACCGGGAAGCUACACUGGAAGCAUUUAUCAAGAGAUACCCAGACAAAGCCACGAACGUGAUCCUCAUGGCAGACGUAACCUACCAGGACCACGUCCCAUCCCUCGCAGCCGAUCUCUACACCCGCGGCUACACGAACCUCCUCUCCACCUCCAUAGUUCACGAGCCAACCGGCAAGAUCCCCAACCGCAAGCUCGUAGUUCCACAAGACGGAACCGACGUCCCUCCUCCAACCGCCUCAACUCACGACCUCACAACCUACUCAAUAUUUCACAUCUCGACUCCUCCCACCGCCCUCCUCCUAGCCCUCUCCUCCCGGGUCCAAUCGCUCGACAUCCACCCGACCCCUUCCUCAUCCUCCGACUUCGAAUUGCCCGCUCCGCCAUCCACGUCGCGCCUGCUCGGGCGGAGAUACGCCAAAGUGUUGACCCUCGCGUCGUCAGGGGUGAUUGGCAUCCUGGUCAACACGCUCUCCGUGUCCAAUUACCUGUCCUCGGUCGACCACAUACGGCGACAGAUUGCCGCGGCGGGCAAGAAGAGCUACACAGUCGUGGUCGGAAAGCUCAAUCCGGCCAAACUGGCCAACUUUGCCGAGGUGGAGGGCUGGGUCGUUGUCGGCUGCUGGGAGAGCUCGCUGGUCGAGGAUGAUGCGGGCUUCUACCGGCCCGUCGUCACGCCGUUUGAGCUUGGGCUUGCGUUGGUCGGAGAUGACAAGAGGGUGUGGACUGGUGAGUGGUGGGGUGGAAUUGAGAGCGUUCCAGUGCUAGGGGAUGAAGUUGGGCCUGAAGGAGGAGAGGAGGAAGAUAACAGGCCUGUGAAGGAAGACAGGGAUGGGGGAGAGGAUGUCCAAGGGGGAUCGUAUGAGCAGGAUGGGGUUGAGGACGAGGAGUCGGCGCCGCCAGAGUUCGACCUGCGUACUGGCAGGCUAAUCAGUCACAGCCGGCCGAUGAGAACGGGUGGUGGAAAGGGCGAGAUACGAAAUGGUGCUAUCUCAACCGGAGGAACCACGGCACCCAACAUGAGUGCCCUGGCCCUGCGGCCGAGAGCUGAAUUAGCUACAGUAAACGGAGUUGUGAGCCCUGGUGCCGAGUUCUUACGAUCUCAGCGAACAUGGCAGGGCCUCGGUAGUGACUUCGUAGGCGAGGCCAGCACGGCGAUAGAAGAAGGCAGGAGUGGUGUCGCGAGGGGCUACACAGUUGGUGUUGACGGGGAGAGGAGGUAA